GUCUCUGUUUUGGACGAAUUAACCAGUGGAGGAGGAAAAAACGAUUACGGUUUUGCCAGAAUAAUGGAGAACAGUGAUCAAUCUCAAUCCCUGAAACUCCUCCACCAUUUCCAAGUCUCUCCUUCCCCGCCACCGUACGCCGUCUCCAAUCUUCCCCUCACUUUCCUCGACUACCCAUGGCUGCUCUGUCGCCCGAUGCAGCGACUCUUCUUCUACGAUUCCCCGCUCUCAACUCUUCAAUUCACCCAGACCAUCCUCCCUCACCUGAAGACCUCCCUCUCCGCCGCCCUCCACCACUUCUUCCCUCUCGCCGGCCACCUAAUCUCCCCUGCGCCGCCUCACCGCCCUUACCUCCGCUUUUCAGACGGAGACUCUGUCCCCCUCACGGUGGCAGAGUCAGCCGGCGACUUUGACCAGAUUAUCACCAAUGACCAUCCAAGAGACGCCAGGGAGCUGCGCCCUUUCGUCCCCGAGAUGCCGGAUUCAAUUAUGGAGCCGGACGGCACGAAACUGGUGCCGCUAUUGGCUAUUCGAAUCACUCUGUUUCCGGGGAAAGGCGUCUGCAUCGGCUGCCAGUUCGCCCACGUGGCCACCGACGGAAUGGGUUUCCACCACUUCGUCAAAUUCUGGGCUUCUCUGUUUAGGUCGUUAAAAUCAGGGGUUGAAGAGGACAAGAAGAAUACUUAUUCAACUGUUCCAUCGCCGGCGAGCGACAGGGAAGUGAUCCGGCGAGCUUACCCGCUUCUGGAAUCGGUUCUAUUGAACCAGUGGUUCGAGUUCGGAUCGUCGUGGGAUUUCGAUUCGGGUCCGACCCAUUACCGAGACCUCUCCGAUAAGGUCCGAUCUACCUUCGUGAUUACCCGUACGAACAUCGAGAGGAUGAAGCUCUGGGUCCGGGGAAAAAGUCCGACGACGUUUCGCCUCUCUGCUUUCGUGGUGAGCUCUGCUUUCAUCUGGGCCAAUCUUGUCAAAUCCCAGGCCGUCGGAGACUCAUCGGUCGGCCCCGACGCUUUGUACCACCUCAGCUUUGUCGCCGAUUGCCGGCAACGGCUCCAGAUCGGGUUGUCCCCUUGGUACUUGGGGAAUUGCCUGGGGAUUUACUACGUUUCGAUGAAGAAAAGCGAUGCGGUGGGGGAGAAUGGAUUCGCCGUAGCGGCUGAAGCGAUCGGGAGGAAAGUGGAGGAGCUGGAGAGCGGCGGCGGGCUGUUGAGAGGGGCGGAAAGGUGGGCGCCGGAGUGGAAGGAGCUGUCGGAGGAAGGGCGGCUGAUUGCGAUUGCUGGGUCGCCGAAAUUGAAGGCGUACGAGACGGAUUUCGGGUGGGGGAAGCCGAGGAAGAGCGAGGUGGUUCAGGUCGACAGUUCGGCGUCGGUGGCUCUGUGUGAGAGUCGCGACGGCGGCUGCGGAGUUGAGGUUGGAUUGGCCAUGGCGAGGAGUAAGAUGGAGGUUUUUAGUGGCUUGUUUCAUGGUUUCCUGGGUCAAAUUUAAAUAUUUUUCCGGCUUAAAGGUCUAUGAUUUCGAUUGUACCGUAUCAAUUUCACCAGUAAUCCCCAGAAAAGUUUCCUCCAGCCGUUUCCGUUCUCCCCUUGUUUGUGUGCUUAUCGGAAGCUUUUAGUUCUUGUCCAUUUUGAUUUGUCUUUUGCCGAACCACCACCGCCAGGGAAAAACGUCCGAUCACCCUAGCCAUGGCGUCGAAACAAAUACGAACUCUCGCCCGGCGGUCGCAUCAACGAACGCGAUCUUCCCCUCGCCGCUCUAUCCGCCAUCCGAUCCUCUUCCUCCACCGUGCUCGCCGAGUCAGUGACUACUUUCCGAAAAAAAUCCCAAGUUACACAUGUUUUUAAAAAAAAAAUUCUCAAAAUACACAUGUUAUGAAAAUAAUUCACAAUCUACGCAUGUUUGAGCCUUCACCGCGUGAGAGCAAGGCGGUGAUUACUUCACUGCGUCAGAGCAAGGCGGUGAUUACAUCACCGCGUGAAAGAAGGCGAUGAUUGCAUCACCGAUGUAGAGGAAGGCGGUGAUUGCAUCACCGCUCAAGAGAAAGGCGGUGAAGGCCUAACCUGCGUCAAAACUUUAAAAAAACAUAACUUUGUGCUCGGUUAUCCGAUUGUUUCGAUUUUUUUUUAUUCCGCAUAAUUUUUCGAGAUCUUGCAAGCUGCUUCGUCUCGAAAAAAUAUCGUUUGCUACCCCGAACGAGUCUUUUUCGAUUUCGUCAAACUUUAAACGACCAUAACUUUGUGCUCCACAAUCCCAAAAUCAUGAAUUUUUUUUGAUUUCGCAUAACUUUUUAAGGACUACAAUUUUUAUCAUAGACAUAAUUUCGGAAUGUACUGGAUUCCUGAAAAGGGAAGGUAAAGUUAUUCCCAAAACCUCUUAAUCCUUAUAUCCAUAAAUAAUUCAUUUUUUGAAAAUUCUCUCCUACUAAAAAUUGUAGUCCUUAAUUGGGUAAAAUCAAGUGGCAGGAUGUUUUCACAAUAUUCCUUUCAAUGUAGGAUCCAGUUAGAUGAUAGUGAGAUAGUUCUAAUCAACACAUACUAUAAUACGCUGAAGCAAAAAACAGAACCCCCAUUUCAAAAUCCCAGCCUCCAGAGUGUUUGUCGGAGGGGUAAUUUCGGAACGGCAGUUUUGAAGGUUGUCAAUCCGAGCCUCCUCCUCUCUCCUUUGAAGGUUGUCAAUCGGGAGCCCCAUUGCUGAUUUUUUCUCCCGAAUCUGAGCCUGCCUCUCUCCUUCCUCCGCCAUUGUCAAUCCGAGCCUCCUCCUCUCUCCUUCCUCCGUCUUCACCGGCAACGGGCCUGCUGAAUUUUCUCCCAGUCAAUCUCAGCCUCCCUCUCUCCGUCCUCCGCCGGUGUCUAUCCGAGCCUCCUCCUCUCUCCGUCCUCCGUCUUCACCGCCAUUGGCCCUCUGAAUUUUCCUCCCAGACAAUCCGAGCGUCCCUCUCUCCGUCCUCCGCCGUUGUCAAUCCGAGUCUCCACCUCUCUCCAGCCCUCCGUCUUGACCGCCGAAAUCGUUCAGUAUCCCGGCAACCCUCUCGCGCUCUUGAGGUGAUCUUUCCUUCUUUUGUGUUGUUUAUAUUUUUAAUUCAUUCAUCUCAAUCGAUCCCAACGUCUUUGGUUUUCUAGCUUCUGUUUUGAUUAGGUUCAAAUUGUAUUGAAAGGGUUUGUGUUUUUAUACAUAAUUGUUAGGUGAUUACAGUUCAAGGAACGUUUGUGGAGGCUUGAGGUUUAAUAAGAGAGGAACCACACCUUAUCAGCACCAUUCCGGUUACAAGAAAAGGGCAUUUUUGUU